CCUCCCUUUGGUCCACCUGCAUAUGUCGCUUGUAGGUAGAUAAACAUCUCCUUGUGAUUGGACUGUAUUCGGGCUCUUGGGAGGACUCAACUUUCACAGCACUCCACCUCACAUCUGAGUCCUAUUUAGCGGGAACCCCCACGCUGGUUGAGGGAGUAAACAAGUGUUUAACUCGCAGCUCACCACUUGUUGUACACCUGUCGCCUUCUCGAAGCACCAAAAGAAGUCUCAACCAUGAAGUGGCUCAACAAGGCAGGUACUUCUGUCUUGAUUGCGGCCAGGUUCUGGGUCACGCUCCCAUACCAGCAUAUGUUUAUCUAUUGUACUCUUCGGCCUGCCCAAGAGAUCCAGGCUGUUGCCAACCUGGAUAUAGAAGUACCGGCAAAUCGAACGACACUACUGAAGGCCGUCAAGACUUGGAAGACAGGGAAAUGGGACGAACUGGGUCGUAUAAUAGUCGGGGCAUUUGCCUUGACGGCCAUUGUCACUGCAUCCCUUUCUUGGGGAAGCAUCCAGACUUCACACUGGACCGGCCCAGCUCUGUGGUACGCGUCGCUGGCGCUGUGCAUCCUGGGAUUCGGUGUCGCGUCGCAACAGCAACUAUUACUCCUGUUGCUCGACGAGGAAAAGGCUUUGGACGUGGAUAGUCCCGACGCAGACUCGGCAAAGAAGGUCAUACUACGACAUCUGAAUCAGAUCCUGGCGCUAAAGAGGUUGACCCAGCAGCAUCUUCCUAGUAGGACAGAUGUUGAAGCACAAGCUGGCGCAUCAGCACAGGGGAGUCAACCAAGCAGCAGCAGCAGCAGCAGCAAAGCAGGUGCUGUAGUACCCGCGGUGGUCGGAACGGCGACAGCUGCUGGGCAAUCCUCGCCGCCGUCGCCGCAAUGGGUGUUGAGCGCACGAAGAAUGUUUUUCUGGCAAUGCUCCAUCAUGGUCAUGUCGUGGUCAACCGGCCUUUACCUGAUCGGGCUGUCGAUUGUCGUGUGCACACCGAUUUUGGAGAGGAGGCCGUGGGAUUCCGAGUCGUAUGUGGCGGUUCCGUACAUAAUCUCCCUGGGGCUGGCGGCGUUUAUGGUGACCUUCAUUUCGUACGAGGCAUAUGACUAUGUCCCUGUGCCGGAGGACGCCGACCGAACUUUUGUGCAACAAGUGAGGCGGCGAGUUAAAGAUCUUGCAGAGGGGAGAGAUCCUUUUCAGCCCAGGGAGAAUCGCUAGUAACGAAGCUGGGAACUGGUUGGAUACGAUGACCGAGUAAUGGUCAGGGAACUGUCAAAUAAGAAGAUACUUGAGAGAAAGUUGGAAACCAGCAGCAGAAAUGGAAGAUGUGUGUGGGUCGGGUGUGCUUGAAGUCGGUAGAUGGAAGUAGAAGACAGUGUCUCCACUCUGCUCUCGCUUGAUAAGUGGGGCGGUCCAGGCGGGAAGGGACCUCGCUCGGAACGGGGACUGGGUCACCCUACCAUUUGACCCACCAUUCAGCUGUCUGGGCGGGGAAGAGCACUGAAGC